AUGCGGAGCUGUGCGGGGCGGGGCGGGCAGGUGGCGUCGCCGUGUCCGUGGCAACGAUCGCGGGGCAUGGCGGCACCGCGCGGCCUGGGGGCGGCGUGGGGGCUGCGGCUGCUGCUGGGUCUGGGGUUGGGGGGGGGUCUGGGGCUCCCGCAGGAUCUGCCCGCAGCCCGGCCCCGAGUCUACAUGAGCAGCUGGGCCGUGCGGGUGGAAGCGGGGCCGCGGGAUGCGGGGCGGUUGGCAAAGCGGCACGGGAUGCUGUGCGUGGGGCAGGUGCUGGAGGAAGAGCCCUACUACCACUUCCAGCACCGUGGCUCCAGGCAGACGUCCCUGAGCAGGCACUGGGGCUGGAGCCUGCGGCUGAGCAGGGAGCCACAGGUUCUCUGGUUUGAGCAGCAAACGGUGAAGAGUCGUGCCAAGAGGAGCGUCAGCGUGGUGCCCACAGAUCCCUGGUUCCCCAAGCAGUGGUACAUGAACAACGACAUCAGCCCCGAUCUCAACAUCCUCACUGCCUGGAGCAAAGGCUACACUGGCCGGGGGGUCGUGCUGUCCAUCCUGGAUGAUGGCAUUGAGAAGGACCACCCUGACCUGGCUGCUAACUACGAUCCCCUCGCGAGUUAUGACUUCAACAGCAACGACCCUGACCCCCAGCCCAGGUACAACGCCUGGGAUGAGAACCGGCACGGGACGCGCUGUGCAGGAGAGGCAGCAGCCGCAGCCAACAACCAGAUCUGCGGUGCAGGCAUUGCAUACAAUGCAAAAAUUGGAGGUGUGCGGAUGCUGGACGGUCCCAUCACGGACAUCGUGGAGGCUCAGUCCCUCAGCCUGCGGCCGCAGCACAUCCAUAUCUACAGCGCCAGCUGGGGCCCUCUGGAUGAUGGGAGGCACGUGGAUGGGCCAGGGGUGCUGGCCAUGAAAGCCUUUCACAACGGGAUCACAAAAGGGCGUGGGGGGCUCGGUUCCAUCUUCAUCUGGGCCUCUGGCAAUGGUGGCAUCAAUUAUGACAACUGCAACUGCGACGGGUACACCAACAGCAUCUACACGCUGACUGUGAGCAGUGCCUUUGCCAGCGGCCGGCAGCCCCGCUACAGCGAACCCUGUGCCUCCACCCUCACCACCACCUACAGCAGCAGCACCAGCAGCAAAGCACAGAUUGUGACCACUGAUCUGCACCACCGCUGCACCGACAGACACGCAGGCAGCUCUGCCUCGGCCCCGUUGGCUGCAGGAAUGGUUGCCCUCGCUCUGGAGGCCAACCCAGCACUGACCUGGCGUGACGUGCAGCACCUGGUGGUCAGGGCCUCCCGACCCGCUCACCUGCAGGCAGAGGAUUGGGCUGUGAACGGGGUUGGACACAAGGUGAGCCACCACUACGGCUACGGGCUGCUGGACGCGGCUCUGCUGGUGGAGCUGGCCCAGGCGUGGGCAGGAAGCCGGCCUCAGCAGAGGUGUUCCAUCGAAGCUCUCCGCGCCCCCUGGAACAUCGGCUCCAAACUCACCGUGCCUGCAGACACCUCCUCCUGCUCGGGGAGGACCAGGAGCAUCCGCUCACUGGAGCACGUCCAGGUGCAGCUCUCACUGAGCUACAGCCGCCGGGGGGACCUGCAGGUUGCACUGAGGAGCCCCAUGGGGACCACGUCCACACUGGUGUCUGUGCGCCCAUACGACACCAGCCAGCAGGGCUACAAGGACUGGACCUUCAUGUCCACACAUUUCUGGGAUGAGAACCCCAACGGGACCUGGACACUGCAGCUGGAGAACAAGGGUGAUGCCUACAACACAGGCGUGCUGACCAGCUUCAUUCUUCACCUGCACGGCACAGAUGAGGACAUGAUGGCCAGGCACUUCUCAGCCCCCACCAUGGGCGAGUGCACCAAGCAGGACGCACAGGGAGCAUGCGAGGAGUGCAGUGGCUCCUUCUAUGCCUACCAGAGCUCCUGCCUGUCCUACUGCCCACCCCGCUCCUACGGCCGCUCCCGGAGCACCACGUACACAUCCCGCAUCUGCGCCCGCUGCCACCACUCGUGCUACACGUGCCAGGGCAGCUCGGCCAACAACUGCACCUCCUGCCCCGCUGCCCACACCUUGGAUGAGGACACCCACUCCUGCUCCGCUCCGCAGGGCCUCACCCCCCAGGAAGGGCUGUACAGGAACCUCCUCCCCAUCGUCCUCCUGCUCUGUGAGAUCGCGAUCCUCUUGGCCAUGCUGUCCUGUAUGUUCCGUACUGCCUGGCUAUGUGUGCUGGCUGGCUGUGCAGGUCGCUGCUGGGCUGGGGGAAAGUGA